AGGCAGCGCCACCCGCCAUAUGAUACUCCGCGAAAGAGCCAAUGAACAACAACCACGAUAUACCCCGGGAGUUGUGGAACGUCUGCUAGAAUGGCAGCGAUUCGCUUUCUUCAAAUAUUAUUAAUUAAUUUAACAAUAUGUUUUCUUUUGUCCGUAGCAGGGAGGGAUUUUUAUUCAAUCUUGGGAUUAUCGAGGACUGCGAGUACGCAUGCUAUAAAGAAAGCUUAUAGGAAGUUAGCAAAAGAACUACAUCCUGAUAAAAACCAAAAUGAUCCAAGUGCUUCCGAAAAGUUUCAAGACCUGGGGAUGGCAUACGAAGUACUCUCGGAUCCUGAGAAAAGAGAAAUAUACGACAGAUGCGGAGAGGAAUGCUUAAAGAAAGAUGAGAUGAUGAACAGCGCCGAUCCCUUCGCUAACUUUUUCGGUGACUUUAGUUUUCAGUUUGGAGGAGAGUCUCAACACAGACACGAAACUCCGAGAGGAUCUAACAUAGUUAUGGACCUUUCUGUAACUCUUGAAGAACUUUAUAGCGGUAAUUUUAUAGAGAUAACUAGGAAUAAGCCAGUUGUGAAAGCAGCAAAGGGAACGAGAAAGUGUAAUUGCAGGCAGGAAUUAGUUACACGAAAUUUAGGCAAUGGACGAUUUCAAAUGAUGCAACAAACGGUUUGCUCCGAAUGCCCAAACGUGAAGUUAAUCAACGAAGAACGUACAUUGGAAGUAGAAGUUGAACCAGGAAUGGUGGAUGGCCAAGAAAUUAAGUUCUCAUCGGAAGGUGAACCUCAUUUGGAUGGAGAACCAGGAGAUCUAAUAUUAAAGAUUCGUGCGCAGCCUCACCCCACAUUUGAGAGAGUGGGGGAUGAUCUUUACACAAACAUUACAAUUUCAUUACAAGAUGCUUUAAUUGGAUUCACAUUGGAUAUCAAACACUUGGAUGGACACACCGUUACCGUUCAAAGGGAAAAGGUCACCAGGCCUGGUGCUCGUAUAAGAAAAAAGGGUGAAGGCAUGCCCAAUUAUGAAAAUAAUAAUCUUCAUGGUACUUUGUAUAUUACAUUUGACAUAGCCUUUCCUGAAAAAGAAUUCACAGAAACAGAGAAACAAGAAAUCAAGAAAUUACUCGAGCAAAGCUCUGUAAACCGAGUUUACAAUGGACUACGGGGAAACUAGAAAAAAUUUAAAACCUACAGUGAUCACAAAUACUGUGUAUAAUGACAAUGACACGAGUGCAUUAAAAAUCUGUGUUCGUGCUUAAUACAUGAGAAGUACACUUAAGGUACUUCACACGCUGCUUCCAUCGGAGAGUGAACAGAUUUGUAGCUGCACUGGAAAUACUUCCGUGUUAAUUCCUGUAACGCCAUAUUAGUACAUUUUUCUUUAAAAAUAAGAAUCGCUUUGUACAUGCGUGCAUCGGUUGAAAACAACAUAUUCAAAUAUUUAAAGUAUUUGAGAAUGAAUGUAUUUAGGGUGAAUGAGUAUGUAAACAAUUUCGUACUGAAAAAAUGUUGGCAUACCGUCUCUUUUCAAUUUCUUAAUAAAUAUCAAAACAGGUAUGUACCCCCGCGCGAUGUUUAAAGUAUCUCUUGCAAAUCAUAUUAAAAUGAUGUGCAUUUAACCAUUACCGACUGAACAAGAUUUGUAGAACAAAAUGUCAUUCUUACGAGUGAUUAAAAAAAGUCAACUCGAUCCUGAGUUCAUUCGAUACAAAGAGAAGCGACUAAAUACUGUCAACCUUAUUAGUAUUGGAGUUAAAAUUAAUGUAAGCGUAUGACGUUCUAAAUAUAUAAAUUACAUAAACAAUCCGUUUUUACGAAUAAACGUGCCUAGUAACGUUAAAAGAAACAGAAAUCUAUCUAUUUAUACAAUGAAAAUUACAUACCUUUAUUUUUAAUUAUUGUUAAAAAAAGCAGUCUAUCAUAGCUAGAACGUUACGGACAUUUGAAGUACGGCAUAGAAAUGGUAAGAAAAUAAACUGAACAAGUAACAAAUGCAAAAA